AUGUUCCUCUUCCCAAUCUAUGUUCUCCCUUCCCAAUCUAACUUCACUCUUCCCAACCUGAUCCCUCUUUUCAACCUGAUCACUCUUCUCAACCUGAUCCCUCUUCUCCCAACCUGUUCAGUCAUCUCAACCUUCAUCUCAACCUGUUCACAAUUCCCAAUCUACUUUCCCUCUUUUCAAUCUACUUUCCCUCUUCCCAAUCUAUGUUCUCCUUCCGAAUCUAACUUCACUCUUCUCAACCCUGAUCCUCUUUUCAAAUUAUUCAGUCAUCUCAACCUGUUCAGUCAUCCCAAUCUGUUUCCCCACUUCCCAAUCUACUUUCCCUCUCCCCAUUCUAUGUUUCACCCUUCCCAAUCUAACUUCACUCUUCUCAACCUGAUCACUCUUCUCAACCUGAUCACUCUUCUCCACCCUGAUCACUCUUCUCAACCUGAUCACUCUUCUCAACCUGAUCACUCUUCUCAACCUGUUCUCUCUUCUCCAACCUUUCCCUCUUCUCAACCUGUUCACAAUUCCCAAUCUACUUUCCCACUUCCCAAUCUACUUUCCCUCUUCCCAAUCUAUGUUCUCCCUUCCCAAUCUAACUUCACUCUUCUCCACCUGAUCUCUCUUCUCAACCUGAUCACUCUUCUCAACCUGAUCACUCUUCUCAACCUGUUCAUCAUCUCAACCUGUUCACAUUCCCAAUCUACUCCCCCUUCCCAAUCUACUUUCCCUCUUCCCAAUCUAUGUUCUCCUUCCCAAUCUAACUUCACUCUUCUCAACCUGAUCACUCUUCUCCAACCUGAUCACUCUUCUCAACCUGAUCACUCUUCUCCACCUGAUCACUCUUCUCCACCUGAUCACUCUUCUCCACCUGAUCACUCUUUUCAACCUGAUCACUCUUCUCAACCUUCAUCUCAACCUGUUCACAAUUCCCAAUCUACUUUCCCACUUCCCAAUCUACUUUCCCUCUUCCCAAUCUAUGUUCCUCUUCUCCUUCCCCAAUCUAACUUCACUCUUCUCCACCUGAUCACUCUUCUCCACCUGAUCACUCUUCUCCACCUGAUCACUCUUCUCAACCUGUUCAUCAUCUCAACCUGUUCACAAUUCCCAAUCCAACUUUCCCUUCCCAAUCUACUUUCCUCUCCCCCAAUCUAUGUUCUCCUUCCCAAUCUAACUUCACUCUUCUCAGCAGUCAACCUCAACCUGAUCCUCUUCUCAACUUGUUCAGUCAUCUCAACCUGUUCACAAUUCCCAAUCUACUUUCCUCUUCCCAAUCUAUGUUCUCCUCCCAAUCUAACUUCACUAACCUUCACUUCUUCUCAACCUGAUCACUCUUCUCAACCUGAUCCUCUUCUCCUUCAUCUCAUUCCCAAUCUAUUUUCCCUCUUCCCAAUCUAUGUUCUCCCUUCCCAAUCUAACUUCACUUUUCUCAACCUGAUCACUCUUCUCAACCUGAUCACUCUUCUCAACCUGAUCACUCUUCUCAACCUGAUCACUCUUCUCAAUCCUUCAUCUCAACCUGUUCACAAUUCCCAAUCUACUUUCCCACUUCCCAAUCUACUUUCCCUCUUCCCAAUCUAUGUUCUCCCUUCCCAAUCUAACUUCACUCUUCUCAACCUGAUCACUCUUCUCAACCUGAUCACUCUUCUCAACUUGUUCAGUCAUCUCAACCUGUUCACAAUUCCCAAUCUACUUUCCCUCUUCCCAAUCUAUGUUCUCCCUUCCCAAUCUAACUUCACUCUUCUCAACCUGAUCAAACUUCUCAACAUGAUCACUCUUCUCAACUUGUUCAGUCAUCUCAACCUUCAUCUCAACCUGUUCACAAUUCCCAAUCUACUUUCCCUCUUCCCAAUCUAUGUUCUCCCUUCCCUGAUUCUCAACCUGAUCACUUUCUCUUCUCAACCUGAACUCUUCUCAUUAUUCAUCAUCCAACUUCCCAAUCUACUUUCCCACUUCCCAAUCUACUUUCCCACUUCCCAAUCUACUUUCCCACUUCCCAAUCUACUUUCCCUCUUCCCAAUCUGUUUCUCCCUUCCCAACCUAACUCACUCUUCUCUACCUGAUCACUCUUCUCUACCUGAUCACUCUUCUCAACCUGAUCACUCUUCUCUACCUGAUCACUCUUCUCAACCUGAUCACUCUUCUCAACCUGAUCACUCUUCUCAACCUGAUCAAUCUUCUCAACCUGAUCACUCUUCUCAACCAGAUCACUCUUCUCCACCUGUCCAUUCAGUCAUCCCAGUCUAUUCACAAUUCCCAAUCUACUUUCCCACUUCCCAAUCUACUUUCCCACUUCCCAAUCUAGUCAUCUCCACCUGUCCACAAUUCCCAAUCUUCCCACUUUCCCUCUUCCCCAAUCUAUGUUCUCCUUCCCAAUCUAACUUUCCCUUUCUCAAUCUGAUCCCUCUUCCCAAUCUGUUCUCCCUUCCCAACCUGAUCACUCUUUUCCACCUGAUCACUCUUCUCCACCUGAUCACUCUUCUCAACUUGUCCACUCUUCUCAACCUGUUCACAAUUCCCAAUCCACCUUCCUCUUUCCAAUCUGAUUUCUUCUCCAAUCUAUGUUCUCCUUUCCAAUCUAACUUCACUCUUCUCCACCUGAUCACAAUUCCCAAUCUGUUCCCUCUUCCCAAUCAAUUUCCUCUUCCCCAUCUAAGUUCCCAUUUCCCAAUCUCUUUCCCUCAUCCCAAUCUGUUCCCCUCCCCAACCUGUUCCCUCAUUUCAAUCCUGUUCCUCAUCCCAAUCCUGAUCCCUCAUCCCAACUUGUUCCCUCAUCCCAACCUAAAUUGCCUCUUCCCAAUCUUUUUUCCUCUUCCCAAUCUUUGGUCCCUCUUUCCAAUCCCUUUCUCCUCUUUCCAAUCUAAAUUUCCUCUUCCAAUCUAA